AGCGCGUCACUCGCAGAAAUGUCUUCGACCCGGAUUGUCUCCCGCAUAAGCCUACGCAAUCUCAAGCCUCAACGUGGAUCCCAGCAAAAUCCCAAACGUGUGGGACGCGGUCAAGGGUCAGGCUAUGGCGGAACAGCUGGACGCGGAGCAAAUGGUCAAAAGUCGCGUUCAGGGCCUGGCAUUCGCCCUGGAUUCGAGGGUGGUCAAACCCCCAUAACGAAGCUGUUUCCUAAACGCGGCUUUGUGAACCGGAAUGAGAAGCAAUGGGCAGUUGUCAAUCUGGACAGAAUACAACAAUGGAUAGACCAAGGCCGACUUUCUUCUUCACCCGAAAAACCAAUAACUGCUCGUGAACUUCUUCUGAGCGGGUGUGUGCAUGACGUUCACGAUGGAAUCAAGGUGCUAGGAGACGGCCUACAAAUGUUUAAAACACCCAUCUACAUUACCCCCUCCCGUGCAUCCAAGAGCGCCAUAACUGCCAUUGAGAAGAAUGGUGGUAAAGUCGUCUGCAAAUACUACAACAGAUUGGCCCUUCGUGAUUGCGUGAAAGGGCGCACCGACCGGAUAGAAGCUGCGCCCACACGUCGGGAAGACAUUGUGUGGUAUGGCAACUUCAGAAAUAGAGGGUACCUCUCCAAGGGAACCCUUACAUUGGCGGAAAAGAUGCCGUUCGUGCAGGAGAGGUGGAGAUUGCUUGGGGAACAACUUGGCGUGUGGAAAAAUCAAUCGUUCUCCGGUAGGACAAAGAGAAAAUGA